AUGAUCGUUACGCUCAUCGAUGUCGUGAGUUCUUUUACAGUGGUUGUGCCGGGAAUGGAAAUCGCUUCACAACCAAAAAAGAAAUACGAUGUUGGCACUUGUGAGGCAGACAUCGAGAGAUGGUACUUUGACUGGACACUAAAACGAUGCGUUUGCAGUUGGUGGUCUGGUUGUGGUGGGAAUUCGAAUCGUUUCUAUUCGGCGAAUCAUUGUCUCGAGAUUUGUGGGCAAUUCUCAUUGGGCGAUCCACUUUUCGUGCAACCCGACUGGAUUCCUGUUAGGCCGCAAUACAAAGACGAAGUUUGGGCUCCAAAAUCAACCAUUCAACCCAUUCAUCCGUUAGCGUUUCUGAAUGGACAACCCACGACAACACUAAACGACUAUCGGCCUCAAAUCCCUUCGAAUCCAGUCCAACAACAGCAACAAACUAGAUCUACAGUCGAUCCAGUGCCAUCAGAUCCUUCUCCAACUGCCGAUUACAAUGAGAUUUUUGUGAAUAUCGACUAUCCACAGGCCACGAAACCUUUCAAAUCCGAUCCAUACUUCACUGGGAAAUUCGCAAAUGAACCAGAUUUCGAGCAAUUCGACUCAGACGCCGUGCUAAGAGGACAAUUUCAACCACCUGAAUCAACCGAUUCAAUCAGCGACUCAAAAAUCGAGGAAAUUCCCUUCAGUCGACGUCGUGACGAGCUGGAUGGAGCAUUUAAUCGAAUCCCGUUUGCGCCCGAUUAUCAUGAUAAUCUAUUGUAUCAAAAGGAAACGAGCAUUCCAUCAGCACUCCGCAUCGGCAAUGAGGGCUUUGCCACUGGACCACCGAUUGAGCCUGAGGAGGAGUAUGAUGAGGUGAAAAAGUUGCGAAAAGUUAGAAGAGCUGUCGGAAUCGAAUUGUCGAAAACGAAACGAUUCAAACGAGCCACAAAGAAAUCUUCAUCUCCGCCAGGGAAACAAAAGCAAGAAUCAACUUUUCAAUAUGAUGUGCAACAGACGCUUGAUGCAUCAAAUGAUCAAAUCGACCAGCCACCGCCUAUUCAAACGACCGUCAUCUCAUUGCCGCAGAAGAAAAAGCGAAUAAAGGGAAAUUCGCGAAAAUUCGAAAAAUUCGAAAAAUUCGAAAAACAGAGAACAUUCGGCUUUGAGGCAAUGAAAGUAACGGAAAAAACGAAAUCCGAAAAUCAAUUCCUUUCGGAAAUCAAUCCAACCCCGAUUCUGAUGUCAAAAAAUCAAUUUCAACCAAAAAAACCAUUAAUCAGCCCCAGUCCAACCGUUUCGACUCAAGAAAAGCCAGAGAUCGUUGAGCCAGAGCAUGGCGACUUUUUCCCGCAAAGCACCACGAGAAUGCCGUUUACAGAGGUUACCAGUCAGGAAAUGCCGACUGAAGCAGCCGCGUGGACAAGGGAUCAAACACUUUUCCAUGCCGCAUUGCCGUUUCAUUUGGUUUCCACCCUGACCCCCCUCUCGAGGCCGUUGAAGUUGAAGGCUCCGGAAUUGGCUGUAACAACAACAACAGAAACUCGUUCUCGGCAAGAAUUGGAAACGAAUCGUGUUCCGGAGAGAAGCGAAAUCCCGAAAACUCCAGUCCACUAUCAGCCAAGUGAUGGAAUCGAGGAUCUGCGAGUUGUAGAAAUCGUGCAGCCAACAAGCUCUCCUACUUGGACAACGUCAACUACAGCUCAAUCAACGAAAGCUCAAGCAACGAAAGCGCCGUUCUUCCGCCCGUCAACCCCGGCUCUGCCACCUCUCACAGCCCAAAGAGCACCGAAGAAUCAGGUAGAUCUCUGGGGAUGGAUUCGAAACGCGCAACGUCAGGGAAUCACUACAGCUACAGUAAACUCGCCUACCAUAACCCAU